AUGCGCUUUGUUUUCCUUGUGAGUGAGCUUUGUCAAGAGAACGCUGAUGUGCCUGCAGUGACUGUGCGCUUCUUUGCAACACGCCAGGAGAGUGAUACUUUUGGACCUCUCGAUGUCCCAGCAGAUAGGUACUGGGGCGCUCAGACGCAAAGAUCGCUUCAGAAUUUUAAGAUCGGAGGGCGCGCAGAGCGCAUGCCAGAGCCUGUGGUGUGUGCCUUUGGAGUCCUCAAGCGAGCUGCAGCCAAGGUGAACAUGGAGAGCGGAUAUCUGGAUGAGAAGAGGGGGAAGGCAAUCAUGCAGGCAGCAGGCGAGGUGGCAGAGGGGAAGCUUCUGGAACACUUUCCCCUCGUGGUCUGGCAGACUGGGAGCGGCACACAGAGCAACAUGAAUGCCAACGAGGUCAUCGCAAACAGGGCAGUCGAGAUCUUGGGAGGAGAACUCGGUGACAAAUCUGUCGUGCACCCCAAUGACCACGUCAACAAGGGGCAGAGCUCCAAUGACACAUUCCCCACGGUGAUGCAUAUUGCAGCAAUUCAGGAGAUCACCGGCAGAUUGCUUCCGGCGUUGACGUCAUUAUAUGAAGCGCUGGAAAAGAAAGUCCAGGAGUUCAACCACAUCAUCAAGAUUGGGCGGACCCACACACAGGAUGCCACACCGCUGACCCUGGGUCAGGAGUUUAGCGGUUAUGCCACCCAGGUGAAGUAUGGCAUCGAGAGGGUGGAGGGAACGCUGCCAAGGCUUUACCAGCUGGCACAGGGGGGCACCGCGGUGGGCACCGGGCUUAACGCCAAGAAAGGCUUUGCGGAGGCGGUCGCGAAAGCCGUCGCUGACGACACCGGGCUGCCCUUUGUGACGGCGCCCAACAAGUUUGAGGCACUGGCCGCGCAUGACGCCAUUGUGGAAGCCAGCGGCGCUCUCAACACCGUCGCUGUCUCGCUCAUGAAGGUGGCGAAUGACAUCCGCUUCCUGGGCAGCGGGCCGCGCUGUGGGCUGGGAGAGCUGAAGCUGCCAGAGAAUGAGCCGGGCAGCAGCAUCAUGCCCGGCAAGGUCAACCCCACGCAGUGUGAGGCCCUCACCAUGGUCUGCGCCCAGGUGAUGGGCAACAAUGUGGCGGUGAGCGUGGGCGGCUCGAACGGACAUUUUGAGCUGAAUGUGUUCAAGCCCAUGCUCAUCAAUGCGCUCCUUCAGAGCGUCCGCCUUCUGGGCGACGCCAGUGCCUCCUUCACAGAAAACUGCGUCGUCGGCAUCCAGGCCGAUGAGAAGCGGAUUGCCAAGCUGCUCAAUGAGUCCCUCAUGCUUGUCACCGCCCUCAACAACAAGGUUGGCUAUGACAAGGCGGCAGCGAUCGCAAAGAAAGCUCACAAGGAGGGGACGACAUUGAAGGAGUCAGCUCUGGCGCUGGGAUACCUGACAGAGGAAGACUUCCAUUCCUACGUGCGGCCAGAGCUCAUGAUAGCCCCUUCGGCCUAG